AAUCUCCUCCUGUGCCACCUGUUGUCUACUCUCGCUACGCAGAUGAUGUCCUCAGAAACGUCAUCAAGAGGUUAAGAGAGCGAAAUGAGGGACUCAAACAAAAAGUCAUAGACAUGUAUGCCACUUCACCAGAAAUCACCCCACCAGUUACACCGAUAUUGAAGAAAGAGGACUACAUCCAGAUGAAGGAGGAGGAGAGAUUAGCUAAAGAAGAGGAAGAUAAAAGGAAGGCAGAAGAAGCAGCUAAAAAGGCAGAGGAGAAGAAGAAGAAGGAUGAGGAGAAACAGCUAGAGGCUGAGAAGAAAGCAGAAGAGGAGAGGCUGGCAGAGGAGGCCAGGAAAAAGGCAAAGAUCCUCCCAGAUAUCAGCUGCUCCUUCUUUGACAUCCUCCUUCACCCAAUCGAAGAGAAAAUGGAUGCUGUUCUGGGAAGCACCAUUGAUCCUUUUACAGAUCGUCGCUAUAUAGCCUGGCUAACUGUCGUAGCUGUGGCGUACAACUACAACGUCUGGCUUUGUCCUGCCCGGCUGGCCUUCCCUUACCACAGCACAACCACUAACCCAUUCUGGAUUUCUUUUGACAUUCUUUCUGAUGCUGUGAAUGUUGUUGACAUUGUGAUCUGGCAACCUCGACUGCAGUUUGUUAAAAGUGGAGACAUCAUUAAAGACAGAGCAAGGACGAAAGUGCAUUAUCGGAAAUCAAACCGAUUUAAGACCGAUAUCAUCAGCAUCCUCCCCUUUGAUCUUCUCUCUCUCUACUUUGGAUUUUCCUCCAUAUACAGAUUCAACCGUUUCAUCAGGUUUGAAUCUUUCUUUGAGUUCAGUGACAGGCUUGAGAGCAUCAUGGCUAAAGCUUACAUCUGGAGAGUGGCCCGUACCACAGGCUACCUGCUCUACAUGCUCCACCUCAACGCGUGUGCCUACUAUGUUGCAUCGGUGUUUCAGGGUCUCGCUACAACUACCUGGGUGUACGAUGGGAAAGGAACUGCGUAUCUGCGUUGCUAUUACUUUGCAGUUCGAAGUCUCAUCAACAUCGGCGGUCUUCCAGAACCUGUAACUCUCUUUGAGAUUGUCUUUCAGAUGGCAAACUUUUUCAUUGGUGUCUUUGUGUUCUCCAGUCUGAUUGGACAGAUGAGAGAUGUCAUAGGAGCAGCGACAGCAGCUCAGACGCACUUCCGGGCAUCAAUGGACGGCUGUGUUGCCUACAUGAACACUUACACCAUCCCAAAGCUGGUCCAGAACAGGGUCCGUACCUGGUACAACUACACCUGGGAUUCUCAAGGAAUGCUAGAUGAGUCUGAGCUGCUGGACAAGAUGCCUCUAGUGAUGAGGAUUGCCAUCGCUGUGGACAUAAACCUGGCCACCUUCCAGAAGAUUGCUCUGUUUCAGGGCUGUGACCAGCAGAUGUUGGUGGACAUGUUAUUGAGACUCAAGUCUAUCAUCUACCUACCUGGGGACUUUGUUGUAAAGAAGGGCGACAUCGGAAAAGAGAUGUACAUCAUCAAAAGUGGGGCGGUGCAAGUGGUGGGAGGACCUGACAACAGCAUUGUUUUCGUUACACUGAAGGCUGGCUGUGUGUUUGGAGAAAUCAGGUUAAGUUGGUUCAAACAGCAGGAUGUUUUUAAAAUGUCCAUCAAUUUUCAUAGCACGAGAGACCACACAGACAAGGUGAUAAAACGUUACAGUUAUGCCAGUUUUGCAUAGUACACAGCAUCUCAGCCAGAACAGAACAGCACAGUACAAACUGAUUUAAGCUAAGCUAAAGCAGUAAGUUUUCAGCUGUGACUUAAAAUUGUUCAAAGAUGGAGUCCACCUAAUAUGAAGCAGGAGAGCAUUCCAUAGUUUGGACACAGCAUGAGAGAACACUCGCUCCCAAAGUAAUUUGUGGGACAUCUUCAGAACACGCAGAUGCCUAAUGUCAGCAGACUGGAGGGAAUGAGUUGGGGCAUAUGGUAAAAGCAACUUGCUUACAUAAAGAGGUGUAAAGUCUUUCAAUUUGUUUUAGCCUAUAGCAUUAUUAGCUUGAAGCUAACCCAGUAGCGCACUGGAACCCAAUGUAAGUCAUCCAGAAUAGGGGUAAUAUGGCUUCAUCCAUCAGUGUCAGUGAGAAACCUAGCAGCUGCUUUUUGUACUUUCUGUAUCCUGCUGAUGCAGGAAGCGUUCAUCCCAAUUAGAAUGGAGUUGACGUAUUCAAUUUGAGAGGUAAAAAAAAUGGAUGGAUAAUGAAAAGCGUGGUUUCUUGGUAAAGGCAUUUAACUAUAUUAAAUGGUGAAGUUGGAAAAAACAACACUUCAGAGUGGAGUUGAUUUGUGGUGUCAUGGACAGAUCAGAAUUUAUUUUGAACCCUAGGCCGGUAAUCCACAUUUUUAUACAAGCAGGCCGAAGUGAAGGAACGCUGGGAGAGUUAGAUAAGUUUUUAGGGUUAAAAAUACUGACGUCAGUCUUGCUGUCAUUGAGUUUCAGAAAGUUUUAAACAAACCUUUUUGAGAAGCAAAGAAGCAAUCAGAGAAAACGACAAAGCUGGCAGACAUCGGCAUAGAUGUGACAACUCAGUGUGUGCUUGGCCAGGAUCUUCCCUAGAGGAGGCAAGUCGAUUGCGAAAUGUAAGGGGCAGAGGAUUGAGCCUUGGGCAACCCCCCUUCAGGGGAGAAAAGCAGCAGCUGAGGAGUGUUUGUCAAUACUGACGUAAAAACGGGAUAGGUUGAUUGGUACGAUCUGAACCAGUUGAGAGUGGUCCCUUUAACACCCACCCCUGAUCCUAGUCUGUUCAAAAGUAUUGAGUGGUUGACCUAAUUUCUUAAACUGUUACCAAAAAAAAAUUGUUUUAUUAGUAUAUAAAACACAGUGCAGAUUUAUUUCAGAAGGAUUCUAGGAUUUGAAUCAGAAACUAUAAAUCCAGGACUGUCUGCUCCUCCUCCACAGUUUACUCCAGUCAGCUAAAGAUGGAGGAAACAGGCGUACGGCAAAUGUGAAGGCUUACGGAUUUGCAAACCUCUUUGUCCUGGAGAAGAAGGACUUAUUUGAUAUUCUGGUUCACUACCCAGAGUCUCAGAAGGUU